UACUCUAUGGUAUUUCACCUUGUUGGCUGUGUGAGCGCACAAGAGGAGUGUAACCUAAAGUCGACGAUUCGUAUCGAAGGCAAACGACUGGGAAUUUCAAACAACAUUACCUAAAUGAUGGAACUGAUCAAAUGGCAGAGAAAACCAUGACCUGACCUGUAUCUGGGCUGGACUAUCUUGUCAUUAAUCAAGCCUAUUACAUUGUAUCUGAAUCCAUAAGACAAUUAAGUAAUAUGCAAUCAUAAAAAGAUCAGAGUUAGACAGUACCCAUCAUCAAGCCAAGAGAGAUGGUCCUUUCCAAGAAGAGCUCCAGGACCUCGGGGCCCAAGAAAGCAUGCAUAAAAUGGGGCCUGUGGCCCCAGAGUUUCCCCUCCCCGGCCCUGUGCUGCGCCUGUGGCCUGGGGAUCAUGCUGGCAGGCAUCAACAUCACCUUGGUGGGGGCUUUCACUUUCAAGUCCUUCAUCCCCGCCAGCAACCCAUCCAUCGUCAUUGGGCCACUGCUCCUAAUAGUGGCUCUGUCCUUUUUUGGGGCAUGCUGCGUGUGUAGCCGACGGGCCCCGGGCCGCGAUACCCGUAAGGCCAAGGGAGGCGAGAGCUGGGGGCUGAUGCGGAUGGGGGCCGGCGCAACGUUUGAGAUGGAGACGAGCGAACACACGCUGCAGGACACUACUGCCGUGCAGCUCAGUCCCACCAACUCCCCGAGCUCUUCCCACAAGUCUAGUAACUCCACCCAUAGGGACACCCCUGCACUGCGGGCCUGUGAGGAUGACCCUGCCUCCAGGGCCUGUGGGCUCACCACCUCAGAGACCUAUAAUAUAGAUUUGACACCUGAUGACCAGGUCUUGACCGCAGAGGACCAGGCAAUGACCACUGAGGACAAGGCAUUGACCACUGAGGACCAGGCAAUGACCACUGAGGCCCAGGCAAUGACCACUGAGGACCAGGCAUUGACCACUGAGGACCAGGCAAUGACCACUGAGGCCCAGGCAAUGACCACUGAGGACCAGGGAUUGACCUCUGAGGACCAGGCAUUGACCACUGAGAACCAGGCAUUGACCACUGAGAACCAGGCAUUGACCACUGAGAACCAGGCAUUGACCACUGAGAACCAGGCAUUGACCACUGAGAACCAGGCAUUGACCACUGAGAACCAGGCAUUGACCUCUGAGGACCAGGCAUUGAGCUCUGAUGACCAGGCAUUGACCUCUGAGGACUAGACAUUGACCUCUGAUAUUGAAUAUAAGGAGAGCAUCCAGAUGAAGGCUAUAAACACACCUUACCUAACGUAGCAGGGCUGUAUCUCCUGGCUAUUACAUAAACUGGUGCUGUAUACUCCUCUGGUACUAUAUACAGUACAUUCGGAAAGUAUUCA